CUGUGUUGACUUGUGUUCUCUGAAAUGGAUGCAUUUACUACGUUGUUGUUGUUGUUGUUAUUAUUAUUAAAUAAAAAGGAAUUAAAUUUGAUAUAUUUAUUUGAUGUUUUUGGCGUUCUGGUUUUUGGCACUCUGUGUAUGAAAAAAAAACAUAGCGUCUUGAAGCGUAACUCUUUUAGUAUUUAAAUUCUAUCCAAAUCGACAACUAAACCCCACGCCCGCCCCCAAAUCACAAACCUACCCAUCCGAUCGAACAAAAGGAAUCGAACCGGAGCUCACCGGUCACCCAACAACGACCAUUUCGAUAGCUGACCGACUGGCUGACUGACUGACACGGAAACCCAAAAAAAAAGAAAUUCAGUGAAGGGCCACGUACAUCAUCAAAAAAUUGUGACUAAUUAAGAAAGAUAGACUGGUUAGCCAGCCACCACCUAAAAAUGAGCUCCACCACCACCUCAUUUAAAGUAUUCAACAACCACCUAAAACCUCUACGCUCUGUUUCACCUUCUUCGCUGCGCUUAAAUUUCUUUUGCUCUCUUACCUUUCCCUUCACUACCACCAUUCCUUCUCUUUCUUUCUCUAAACAAUCUCGUAUCUUCUCUUCAUUGCAAUCUGGGUCAUUUAUGGAGGUGGUCAAAGAAGUAGCUAAGCAAGGGUCAGAGGCUCGUGAUGGUGUUGCUAUCAGAGCUGACCAGAAAAGUUAUAGUUACCUAGAACUAGUCUCUUCUGCGUGGAGGAUAUCAAGGUUGUUAUGUGGUGCCAACUUAGAUGUGGCUAGUGAAGCAGGCAAAAAUGGCUCUGUGCUAACUAAUGGUGUGAGAAAACAUGGUCAUCUUGGUGGAGCUCGUAUAGGAAUUGUGGCUAAACCAUCUGCUGAAUUUGUCGCCAGUAUACUCGGGACCUGGCUUAGUGGUGGUGUUGCAGUUCCACUUGCACUCAGCUAUCCUGAGGCUGAACUCUUGCAUGUGAUGAAUGAUUCGGAGAUUUCAUUGAUACUAAGUACCGAAGAUCAUCAAGAACUUAUGAAAACUGUUGCUGCAAAAACUGCUGCUCAAUUUUCUCUUAUUCCAUCUGUUCCCAGUUUUUAUUCAGAAGAAAGUGCUGUUGAUCAUUUACAAGAUGGAGAAAUAGAUGUAGAAAGAAUUUUGCAGUGGAAUGCAGAGCACUCAAGUGAGGAUCCUGCAUUAAUUAUAUAUACCAGUGGUACAACAGGUAAACCUAAAGGAGUUGUUCACACUCACAAGAGUAUCGUUGCACAGGUUCAGACCUUGACAAAAGCUUGGGAGUAUACACCUGCAGAUCGUUUUUUGCAUUGUCUACCAUUACACCAUGUUCAUGGGUUUUUCAACGGUCUACUUGCCCCUCUUUAUGCUGGUGCCACGGUUGAGUUCUUGCCAAAGUUUAGUGUGAGGGGUAUCUGGCAGAGAUGGCGUGAAUCAUAUCCAAUAAAUGGAAAUAAGACUGGUGGUGGCAUAACAUUGUUUACUGGAGUUCCAACUAUGUAUACUCGACUAGUACAAGGUUAUGAAGCAAUGGAUCCAGAGCUGAAAGCUGCCUCUGCCUUUGCAGCAAAACAGUUGCGUCUUAUGAUGUGUGGCUCCUCUGCUCUUCCUCUUCCUACCAUGCAACGAUGGGAAGCAAUCACUGGACAUCGUCUUUUGGAACGAUAUGGCAUGACUGAGUUUGUCAUGGCAAUAUCAAAUCCCUUAAGGGGUGAGCGCAAGGCAGGGACUGUUGGCAAACCAUUCCCAGGAGUAGAGGUAAAGAUUAUUGCAGAUGGUGAGAGUGGAAGUGACUCAGAGGAGGUGGGUGAGCUUUGUGUUAAAAGCCCCUCAUUGUUUAAGGAAUAUUGGAAACGCCCUGAGGCAACUAAGGAAUCAUUUACAGAUGAUGGGUUCUUCAAGACUGGGGAUGCCGGUACAGUGGAUGAAGAUGGAUACUACAUCAUUUUGGGACGUACAAGUGCUGAUAUUAUGAAGGUUGGUGGAUACAAGUUAUCAGCUUUAGAGAUAGAAUCGAUUCUUUUAGAGCAUCCACAUGUACAAGAAUGUUGUGUGUUGGGUGUCGAAGAUAAAGAUUAUGGAGAAAUUGUAUGUGCAAUAAUUGUGCUGGAUGUGGAAGCAAAGAAGAAGGCAGAGAAGGAGUCAAGACCGGCUUUAACAUUGGAACAACUCUGCUCUUGGGCUGGAAGCAAACUUGCACCCUACAAGCUACCGACUCGAUUGCUUCUGUGGGAUAAACUACCUCGUAAUGCCAUGGGAAAGGUGAACAAGAAAGAUUUGAAGAAGAAGCUGUCUUCUGUAUAAGAAUUUGAAUGUAGAUUCAGAUUAUGGUAUACAACAUCUUAGUAUAGAAGCAUGUUCUUUCCUCUUGGCACUCGGGCAAAGCUGAACCGGGUGUCAUCUAUCAUGGUCAGUCACUUUGAGAGGAAUCUAUAGCUAAUUCUUUGCGAGUAAAACCUCAUGUGAUGUAAAAAAGUAGAAAAGAAGAAGAAUAAUUUCACUUAGUUAGCCAAUUUAUUAAUUUGUACAAGGUUUUUAUGUGUUUUUAUAAUAUCAGACACUAUUGGUUUCUUUU